AUGCCCCAGAGCCUCGGAGCUACCCGAUGGGGACACAAAGAGAAUUUGGAAACUUCCUGGGGUGGUCUAGGUGCGUUGACUGUCCCGAAAUGGGCAGCAGUUAUGACUCGGAGUGGCUCACGCCAACAAAGAGUAUUGCGCAUGCGACGACAAAGCGAGUACGUUCUGUCCACAAAGACUCGGAGAGGCUGUAUCUGGACACUCGGCCAGCUAUAUGAAGGUCACCAAAGGGCAUGGAGCAUCAUCAAGACCCUCGCCCACACCGAUCAGCAAGAGAAUCAUCCAGAAGCCACUGGCACGAUGCAACAAGCCGUCAUGGAACACGAUGCAGACGCGGAGAGCGUCACCCGAACUCCAUCAAAGCGGACGUCCCUCCACCGGAUAUACGAAGACCCCGUUCCCGAGCUUUCUUACAGCGACGACCCCUACGAUUCAUUGUCAUCAGCCAACUCUUCAUUCGAAUCCCUUGACCGACCCAUUACCCCACCCCCAUACCACGCACUCGUCCGAUACGUUCCAUCGUCGAAAAAAUGUGACCAACCUACACCUGUCACCCCCGUCCGCAACCAUGGCCCGACCAAAGUGAAAAAGAAGAAAGCCACGCCCUACACCCCAAGUCGGGGCCGGGUUCCAACCAAACAACCUGUAACGCCCGGCAAAAAUCAAACACGCACUUCCUUCCAGGCGUGGGUGGAGGGCUCCGAGGCAGGCGAAUUCAUACCAAUGACCCACAGAUUUAUGAAGAGGGCUGAGUGCUUGACAGAGGAACAACUCUUCGAGCGUGAAUACCGGCUGCUCAUGCAGGCCAAGGAGCGCCGUGAUAACAGUCUUAUGAAGCCGCUGGACAGCGAAGGUUGGAUGGAGUUGCCACAAACACCACCCAAAGCCAAAAACCAGAAAGUCGUCGUGUCAGGCUCCGGAAGCGAGUCAGACGCGAUGGACAUUUCCCCCCGUAAGCCCUUGUCAAGGCAGGACACAGAGAUCAUAGACCACGAUACUUUCCGAGGUGGUGCACCCCCAUUGCCCGUAAUCCCCCCUGAGUGGAUCAAAAAUCCAAGCAACGCGUUGAGAUCACACCCCACGGAGAUUUUCGAGAUUUUCCCUGAAAACAGCUAUUUGCUUUCCGCUCUUGUGAAUACAUCUUCAGAUUGUGAUGCUGGCCCAGCGUCUGAGUGA